AUGUCUACCAAUACUUUUUCAACAAGAGAUGCCAACAACUUUCCUUUUUGGAAAUUUCAAGUACUACUAGUCUUAAGACAGUAUGAUUUAGUGGAUGUUGUGUUGGGAACGCAAGUCAAGCCCACACCAACAAUGUCAACAGCAAGUCCACCUACAGUUACUUACAAUGCAGAAAUUACCUUGUGGAUGAAGAAAGACAACUCUGCGAAUUGUUGCAUUGUAGCUACCAUUGAAGAAAACUUUCAACGAUCACUCAUUAAUUGCAAGUCUUCUAAGGAGAUGUGGGAUCGCUUAGCAGCACAGUACGAGCAAGCAGCUUCAGAAAAUAAGUAUUUCUUACAGCAACGUUUCUACAAUUAUUCCUUUCAACACGGCCAUGAUGUGAUGUCAUAUAUAACUGAAAUUGAAACUCUGGCUAACCAGCUAGGUGAUCUAGGUGAAAUUCAGUCAGAGAAUCAGAUAAUCACCAAAGUGCUGUGCACUCUACCACCAAGCUUCAGAUCAGUCGUUUCGGCAUGGGAAAAUGUUGAGGAGGCGAAGAAGAAACUCCCACUUCUUACCACUAGGCUUCUGAAAGAAGAAAGUCUGAACAAGAUGCACGAGAGUGAGGAGUCUGCAGAGGAUAAAGCAUUCUUUUCAAGAAGGUCUAAUCAAGUCAGACCCAAAGAUGCACAAUCAAGCAAGAAGAUUGACAAAAGAAUCUGCUACUUUUGUGAUCCAAAUGGAAAAACUGGUCAUAUUGAAGAACGCUGUUGGGUCAAACAUGGUAGGCCUACUCGCUCACUCAAGAAUGCAGAGGCAGCUUUGAGUCAACACCAUACUGAGUGGCCAUUAGAUUACGGUUUCUCUUCACAUAUAACGUCAUAUCUUUCAAGUACUUGCAGAGAUCCGAAAAGCUAG